UUUUUAGAAAAUAAAACAAUGACUAAAAAAGCACGCAAAGCGUUAGAGAAAGAGCAAGCGGCUUCUGCUGCCGCUGAAGCUGAAAGAAUUAGAAUACAGAUGAUUAAAGAUAUGCAGGAAGAAAUUCGAUUGGAAAAGUACAAUACGGAAAGACAAAUAUUACUCGAGGAACAAGAAGCAACGAUGCGAAACGUUCAAUUGAAAGAGACAUUGUUCGUGCUUCAUGAUUACAAGGAUGCAUUUAUACAAUAUUUAACUGCUGCUGAAGAAGAGGAAAAAUGGGCUAGAUAUAUGACCUGCGACGGAUUACCAGACCCCGGCAGUUUAUCUGAAAUGAAUACUUUUAUGUUUUUGUGGUCAAUGGAAGACGAGAAAGUUAAUAUGAACACAUUUUUUGCAAAAUACAAUAUUAUUAUUUAUUUAUUAUCGAAACUCAACGAAAUAAUACAAUUUUCUUUGAUCAGCUCACCAGAGUACAUAGUCGAAUGCAAGACGAUCAGACAACGAUUUCGUGACAAGCUUCAGGAAUGGAUAGAUAUGGCAUGUUAUUCUCUUUUACGUCAAAUAGAAAGAGAUAUGAUCCAUGAAGGCAUAAAAACGGCGAGAUAUACCAAAAUUUCCGAUGAAAUUAGUUGUUGUCUAUGGGCCUUGAUAAAAUUGCCUAUUCCACUUAAACAAGUUACUGAAAAAGAUAGAAAACCUAUUGAAGUUCACUUCGAAGAAAUUGAGUUGACUGUUAAAAUGCCAAUAGACAUCGAUUGCUAUUGUAUGGCGAUAAGAGCAUUAUGGGUAAAAUAUGACCAUUAUUCUGAUUCUGCGACUUCAUACAUCAUACCAAAAUUACCAAAGAAAUAUGAAAGCUUGUAUACGAUGGAUUUUUUUACCUAUUGUCAAAACGAGUACAAUGCGAAAUUGAAGAUACGAGAGGAACAAGUCGAAGGCCGUCGUCUUCGCUUGGAGGAAAAGAAAGCUAUACUUGAAAGAAUGGAGAAUCCGCCAGCUCCAAUGCCUACAAACCCCGAAAGAAAAGGAAAAUUACAGAAAAAACCGGGUAUCCAAGGAGCGAAGCGUCCGGAAGCAGAACAAGAAUCAGAACAAUUACCGUAUCUGCCUACACCAGAUGAAAUUAUUUUACAACAAGAAGAUGAAACUCGAAAGGAAAUUAGAAAACUGCUGUUUACGCGUUGCGAAAAAACAGAGAUUAAUUUGCGAAAAUACAAGAUACUUGGUGGUGUAUUACACAUUGAUUUAGUUUAUCAGCCGCCACAACCCAAGGACAUGAGAAAAGACAUCAUGCUUACUACCUUACAAAUUCCCAAAGAACUGAAAUUUGUGCCUUUUUACAAGCCUUAUAAGGCACCGCCACCAGCACCUGAUUCUGAAAGGACACCAGAAAUAAUCGAGGCAGAAAUAAAAGCUUUGGAAGCUGCCAUGGAGGCACUGGCUCUAGUAACUUUAAAGCUUCCCAGCUCUAUUAUUUGGUUUGAACCACCAUUAGUAGCACAUUGGAUUUCUGAGAGAAAAAUAUGGUCUACACAGGACGUUCAUGAUAUCAAGUAUAAUGAAGAGAAGCAAACUAUUACGUUUAGAACUGGCAAAUUAGGCAUUCACGGUCUCGCAACUUUUAAGUUUAUUAACAUCCCAUUCCAAAGUUGGGAACUCAAGCCUGAAAUAGGCAGAAACGCACGCGGUGGUAUAGUACUUAAUGUGACUGCUGCCAUUGUUCAAGCAGAAUUCAUAGUCAGGGAAGACCUGGUCUGCUUAAAUUCAUUAGCUGGUGGUAUGUCGACGGAACUUAAAAAGAUUAUUGGAGAGUAUAUGAAGUUACAUAUUUUAAUUGAGAAGAUGCGCAACGCCGGCUGCGAUCUAUUUCCAGAGCGAGAUGUCUUCGCUUAUGUAAAGGCUCUUCCGAUGAAACAUCCGGUAACUGAAAGGCACCUACGAGAAUGUAUGGCAUUACUUUGUACAGCAUAUACAUUUUCCUGGUCACGCUGGAACGCAAGUCGAAAUUCUAGAGAAAUUGUGAUACAAUUCAAAGAACUCCACGGAUGCGUUGCAAAAGAGCGAACAAAUUUAACUCUUUUGAUUACUCCAUUGCGAACGAUGAUGAUAUCCUGUACCGAAGUAAGUUCAGAAUUUUCGAGUGCACCGUUAGAUGAUGAAAACUCAAAGUUUUAUGCUGAUUUAUAUCACUUGGCACUGCAGAAUGCUGGGAUCAAAAGUCGGAUACUAAUGAAAAACAUCUCUUUUAAUCUUGUCAAUACCGUCGCAGAACUUUUAGGUCGCACUAAUGUAAUUAACGUAUCAUCGUAAAAGUUAAUUUCAAAAAAUGGAAAUAAAUAAUGUCUUUUAGUAAA